GCGCCCGCCCGCCGCCCGCUCCGGCGCUGCAGCCCGGGAGUCGGCCACCCCCGCACGCGCCAGGGCCUCCCUGUCAGCCCUCCCCUCCUCCACUCCUCCCCUCCCUCGGCAGGCCCAAAUCCUCCUCCCGCCCCCAGCCCGAGCACGCCUCUCAGGCAGUCCUCAGAUCGGCCGGGCCAGCGCAGGCCCCCGCCCCGGGAGCACCAUGUUCCCCCACCCGUUGACCCCGCUGGCGGCCCCAAAUGGCGCCGAGCCCCUGGGCCGGACGCUAAGGCGGGCCCCGCUAGGCAGGGCCCGGGCCGGGCUCGGGGGGCCGCCCCUGCUGCUGCCGUCCAUGCUGAUGUUUGCGGUGAUCGUGGCCUCCAGCGGACUGCUGCUCAUGAUCGAGCGGGGCAUCCUGGCUGAGAUGAAGCCCCCUCCCCUGCACCCUCUCGGCCGCGAGGGCGCAGCCUGGCGCGGGACAGUCCCCAAGCUUGGGGAGCUGCCCCUGAAUGCUGGGGACUCGGACUUGCAAGUGCGGCAGGAUGUGCGGAACCGGACCUUGCGGGCGGUGUGCGGACAGCCCGGCAUGCCCCGGGACCCCUGGGACUUGCCAGUGGGGCAGCGGCGCACCCUGCUGCGCCACAUCCUUGUAAGUGACCGCUACCGCUUCCUCUAUUGCUACGUCCCCAAGGUGGCCUGCUCUAACUGGAAGCGGGUGCUGAAGGUGUUGGCGGGUGUUCUGGACAGUGUGGACGUCCGCCUCAAAAUGGACCACCGCAGUGACCUGGUGUUCCUGUCAGACCUGCGGCCUGAGGAGAUUCGCUACCGUCUGCAGCACUACUUCAAGUUCCUGUUUGUUCGGGACCCCUUGGAACGCCUCCUCUCUGCCUACCGCAACAAGUUUGGCGAGAUCCGAGAGUACCAGCAGCGCUAUGGAGCUGAGAUCGUGAGGCGGUACAGGGCUGGAGCUGGCCCCAGCCCGGCAGGGGAUGAUGUCACCUUCCCGGAGUUCCUGAGAUACCUGGUAGACGAGGACCCUGAGCGCAUGAAUGAGCACUGGAUGCCCGUGUACCACCUGUGCCAGCCUUGUGCCGUGCACUAUGACUUUGUGGGCUCCUACGAGCGGCUGGAGGCUGAUGCCAACCAGGUGCUGGAGUGGGUGCAAGCACCACCCCAUGUCCGAUUCCCUACUCGCCAGGCCUGGUACCGGCCAGCCAGCCCUGAAAGUCUGCACUAUCACCUGUGCAGUGCCCCUCGGGCAGUCCUGCAGGACGUGCUGCCUAAGUAUAUCUUGGAUUUCUCCCUCUUUGCUUACCCACUGCCUAAUGUCACUAGGGAGGCCUGUCACCAGUGACCAUGAGUGUAAGGCCAGCAGCUCUUGGGGACUGGUUUUAACAGCUCCUUGUGCUUCUGCCUACCAUUCAGAGAAACCCUGACUCUGGGCUUCAGGGCUUCUCCAGAAGUGUAGAUGGUAGGGUCUGCCCUUGUCCCUGGUGGAUGGCCACAGUAGCUCAGAGGACAGGGCUAGACAGGAAGCCUGCUGCUCCCCAUUGGGGAGAUCUUGCGGGGGAGGGACUGCGUGAUCCUUUUUGUUCUGGCAGGACCAGACAGGAGUUGUGGUGAAGCAACACUCCUGAUCUAAAGACUGUCUCUGGGCCUCUGGCUGCCUGGGAUUGAUCAGUCCAUUUGUUCUACCUUAAUUUAACCUGUGGCUAAACCCAAAGGUGGCACCAGGCAAGAGCAACCAUGACCACAGCCAAGGACUCUCUGGCUCUGAUCCCCCAUUUAUCCAUCCCAUGUGCCUCAGGACUGAAGUGAGCAGUCGUGCCUUAAAACUGACUUUUGCCUUUCUGCUCCAGACUCAGAAUUUCUUACACUUGCUAGGUCCUUUCCAUUUUUUCCAAGGAAAAGAAAACUGAAGCAGGGCCUUUGCCUGGUAGCUCUAGGGCCCAGCCCUGAAGGCAUCCAAAGACCCCUGCGCCCAGCCUUUCCCUAGGGUAUUGAGAACCUCCUCUCUAAUUCUCCCUUCCCUACCCCCAAAGAUUGAGAUUUUAACUGUGGCUAGUAUGUCUGGCUGCCACUUUUCUGAUGCAUUUAUUUAAAUUUUAUACUUUUUGAUAGAACUCUUGUAAGGGCUUUGUUUUCCUAAUAGCUGAAUUUUUAAUAAAGCUGUUUUGUAU